AUGUCUGCACCAAGUUCGGUCGCGCACGACUCUGAGAAGCAGGGGAAGCGCUCCCCCGACGUCCGCCUGGAGGAUAUCACAGAUAAACCCGCAUCCGAGUUCGAAGCCGACGUCGCCUCAAGGGCUCCCAGAUGGCGCGGACGAAAGCUGAGGACAGUUCUGGCUUUCAUUGCUGGAGUCGGCUUUACUCUCUUCGGCUAUGAUCAAGGAGUCAUGUCGGCGUUGCUUACUGGCAAUCAGUUCGAAGCGACUUUUCCCGAAGUCGUCGUAGAUUCAGCACAUCCCAAUCAUGCUACCUUACAAAGCUUCAUUGUGGCUAUCUAUGAAAUAGGUUGCCUUUUUGGUGCACUCUCUAACCUUUGGAUCGGUGACCGGCUGGGACGCAGACGCACCAUAUUCGUUGGAGGCGUGAUCAUGAUUAUCGGUGCUGUCCUACAGACCACCUCAUACUCUUACGCGCAAAUGGUCGUCGCCCGGAUCGUCACAGGCUUUGGUAACGGCUUAAACACAUCUACUGUACCGUCAUACCAUGCCGAGUGUUCUCAUGCUUCUAGCAGAGGCAGUUUUAUCAUGUUCGAAGGGACCAUGAUCACGCUAGGUCUAACUCUAUCAUACUGGAUUGACUUCGCUUGCUAUUUCGCGACAGGCUCUCCCUUGCAAUGGAGGAUUCCGAUUGCCUUACAGAUAAUUCUAGAGCUCAUCAUGAUCGGAGGCAUCAUGUUCCUACCUGAGUCGCCCAGAUGGCUAGUCAAGCAAGGUUACAAUGAAGAAGCCCUGGCAAUCCUCUCUGCUAUCGACGACAAACCUCCGACUGACCCGGAAGUUCGAGCGACAUUCGUGGGCAUCCGCGAAGCUGUCGCGGCGGAAGGUGACUUGAGCAAGGGGUCACUGAAAGAACUGUUCAGGGGUGGUAGAAGUCAAAACUUCCGCCGCGCUGCAACCGGGGUCGUUUGUCAAGCCGUACAGCAACUUACCGGCAUCAACUUGGUCAGCUAUUACGCGACUGUCCUGUUCCAGCGUCUUGGUAUGAACGGAGUGGAUUCUCGCAUCGUAGCUGCUUGCAAUGGCACCGAAUACUUCAUGGCUAGCUUCUUGGCAAUCUACUUCAUCGACCGCGCAGGGCGUCGCAAGUUGAUGCUAAUUGGAACGGCUGGGUGUUGCCUCACGAUGGCCCUGCUCGCCAUCCUGGGCGCUAUAGAUACAACAGCCGCGCAAGUUGUGUCUGCGGUUCUACUGUUUGGGUUCAAUACCUUCUUUGCCCUGGGUUGGCUUGGAAUGGGAUGGCUCUACCCCGCCGAGAUUGUCGGCAUUGGUAUCCGAGCCCCUGCCAAUGCUCUCAGUACUGCGUCGAAUUGGACAUUCAAUUUCCUGGUUGUUAUGAUAGUAGGACCGGCUUUUAACAGCAUCAACUGGGGUACCUAUCUUGUAUUUGCUGUACUCAACUUCCUCAUUGUACCGGUCGUAUAUUUCUUCUUCCCGGAGACAGCAGGACGCUCCCUUGAAGGUGAGAAAACCUUGCGCCCUCCUAGCGGUCCAGCCGUAUCCUGA